GGAGCCAUCCCACACCACUGGCCGUGUCCUACCCUACCCACAUGAUGCCGCAUCACCGUCUGCCCUCCGAGUCCCUCGACUCCAUGCCGACCCGGCGACGUGUGCUGCUGUUCCGUGCGGUGCAGGGAGGAGCCUCAUCAUGUUCAUGAGCUCCAUGUUUGCGGGCGUAGGGCUAAACAUCACCGAUCCAGAUCGAGAACGAGAUCCGCCACCUCGACCAACUCCCAUUACUUUUCCGCAGAGACAAUCCAUUCCGAGCGAUGCCUGGAACUCACCGUCCGCCCCUCCGAAAAUCCAGCCUCUCUUUGCGAGGCUUCUGAAACCCUCGGACAUCUCUGAAGACCACCUCAGUAUCCUGAAUGUGCACAUCGAACCACAAUGCGAUCCCGAAGAUCUAUUGCCCCCAGCCCCUGAUGGGAGCUCGUACUACCCCCCGCUGACGCCGGAGCAAGCCAUCAAUGCUGCAUCUUACGCAGACGCAACCAAGCUUAGCGCAGCUCCUGCUGCCAAACGCAAGGAAUUCGAUGACCGGCUUGCUGAGCUUCGCAUCGACAACGAUACCGGUAUCCGGGUCAUCACCAGGACCACCAAAGCUGGUAACAAACCUCGUCUUGCCUACAUGCGCAAGUUCUGGGAAGGCCUGGAAAGCGUAGCACAGUACUGGGACACCAGUCUCGAUCAAUACUACGAAGGCCCCGUCGCGAAGCCUGAUCACGAUGGCGAGAAAGACGCCAAGCGGCUCCGGCUUGACAAUACGCCCUCAAUAUUGAACCUGCAGACUGAGCUCGGGCAGACAAGCCAUGUGGAAGCGAAUGCCAAGUCAGAAUUGAACAACGGACAUGCAGACUCGGACGACGCGAUUUCCGUAGCAGCAUCAACGCCAUUACCUCAAGAAGACCAAGACGAGCAACCUGAGAUGCGCCUUCGAUACAAAGGCCGACGAACUGCGGCAGGAUGUGACAUGCCAGAUCAAUUCCGUGCAGACAUGGUAAAGGCAUUCGUGGAUGGGACGACAUAUCCAUUCGGCACCCAAGUCGCACCACCUCGGCAGAUGCCACUUCUGCGGAUCAACAAGCUGAAUGUGCCCGUGCGCCAAACAGCCGCCGUAUAUCGCAGGCCUCAAGAUCGCACCAGGGCGCGAGGGGGUUUCCUAGAAGGUCCGGUCAUGACUGUGCAGUGUCGCCCCGAAACAGACUUUGAAGCAGAUAACCUCAAUCCGAAGCAAAAGGGAGUCAAAGCUCGACUGGACUAUAUCCGGGAACUUGGUGGACUGCUACAUCUAGCACAGGAGCGACGUCGAGAGGGAAGGGUCGCGCCGAUCCCAGGAGAUGGACAAUGGUGGACAUCAAAGCCACGAUGGGGAGGCGGACCAGGAGGCGAAGUCGAGAAACAGGAGGACGCUCACAACGAAGCCCUCGUCAAAGACGUCCUGCAGCUUGCAGAGAACAUGAGGGCUAGUGCUUCCGUGCAUCGCGAACCUGCAAGACGGCCCAAGAAGAAGACCCCAGCGAUGCUGUGGAAAGAGCUCAGGCCUGGCAGCACGACAUGGGAUGUGAAGAUGGGUUAUGAAACGAUUGGCAAGGAUCCAAACUCUGAAUACGAUGAAGUCUUCAUGGUCUCUUCACUCAACCAUCACAUCUCCAUCCUCAAAUUAAAGGUGCACGGGGCAUAUCUCGACUACCUGGAAACAGAAAAAGUACCUGAUCCGUCGGUUGAUGAGAACUGGUCACGACCACUACUGCAACGAACCAAGUGGUAUGACUUGUUGGAUGUCGAUGACCGUGUCGAGGCUUUCCGAACCCUGUGGGGUAUUUCAAGCUAUUUGUUUCGGGACAUAGAUAAGAAGAGCGACGACACGACAGGAGAUCGUCCGACGAAUGUGAACUCGUAGAAGAGAGCACGCGACGGCAGGAGGUGGGAAAGCGGCACCGGGACGCUGGUGGGCAACUUGAUGAUGCAGUUGGGCACGCUGUUUACCAGUGGUGAGAGAAAAGAAGACGAUUGAGUGACGUGCCCGACAGAUAGACCAUUGCUCCGGGAUCAAUAAGCGAAUGAACCUACGAAAGAGCAGAGUGGUUGCAACGUCUUGCACA